UGUGAGGGCUGUGUGGGAAAGUGUCGCCGCCGAAUGUGAGGUCCUGUCUCUGUCCCCGGGUGAGACGUUACCCCUGUGCCCCCCAGUCGGUGGGGGUGUAGCCCUGAGCUGCCCGUGUUUAUGCCCGGGGGGUGGGCACAGACUGUUGCCAUGACUCAGGCUGAGAAGUCAGAAGCAGAGAAUGGGAAAGAGAAGGAGAAGGAGCAGCGGGGGGUGAAGAGGCCGAUUGUGCCGGCGGCGGUACCUGAGCCCCCCCAGGAUCCGAUACAAAGUGAUUUCAUUGUGGUAAUCCAUCCGGGAUCCAACUCCCUGCGCAUCGGCAGAGCCACCGACACCCAACCCGCCGGCAUCCCCCACCUCAUAGCCCGGAGGCACAAGCAAGCCGGCCAGCCCACGUACAGAGACAAGUGGCUCCUGAGAGACGGACUGAGUAAACCAGAAAGCAAUGAACAAAGACAAAACGGGUUAAAAAUGGUGGAUCAGGCAAUUUGGUCCAAGAAAAUGUCCAAUGGAACCAGGCGGAUCCCAGUGAUGCCGGAGCAGGCUCGAGCUUACAAUAAGCAAAUCCGACCAGCAAUUUUGGAUCAUGAUUCCGGUGCUAAAUGGACUGACACGUCACAUCAACCAGAAUAUCUUGUAGGCGAAGAGGCAUUGUACGUGAAUCCAGCAGACUGCUACAAUCUUCACUCUCCCAUUCAGCGGGGCCAGUUAAAUAUUCACUCCGGACCUGGAGGGUCUCUCACUGCUGUACUGACUGAUCUGGAAACCAUUUGGUCACAUGUCCUACAGAAAAUGCUGGAAAUCCAACUGAAAGAUCUGAAGUAUUACAGGUGCAUAUUGCUGAUCCCAGACAUCUAUAACCGACAGCAUGUGAAGGAGAUGGUUAAUAUGUUACUGAUGAAGAUGGGCUUUUCAGGUGUCAUUGUUCAUCAGGAGUCCGUUUGCGCGGCGUACGGCAGUGGUUUGAGCAGCGCUUGUGUCGUGGAUAUUGGGGAUCAGAAGACGAGCGUGUGUUGCGUGGAGGACGGGAUCUCCCAUAGGAACACCAGGCUGUGUUUGGCAUACGGUGGCAGUGACAUCACAAGAUGUCUCUUCUGGCUGAUGCAGAGAGCUGGCUUUCCCUAUCGAGAGUGCCAGCUGUCUAAUAACCUGGACUGUCUCGUCCUGCAGCAGCUGAAGGAGAGCUUUGCGCAUCUAGAUCAGGAUAUUUCGGGACUUCAGGACCAUGAAUUUCAGGUUCGACACCCGGGGUCUCCUGCUUUGCUCUACCAACUGAGACUUGGAGAUGAGAAGCUGCAGGCACCAAUUGCGCUCUUCUAUCCGGCCACAUUUGGGAUAGUGGAGCAGAAAAUGAUUUUCACGCAGCACCGAUCGCACAGCGACCCCGAAGAUCCACAUGAUGAACAUUACCUGCUGGCAACGCAGAGCAAACAGGAACAGGCAGCUAAAGCAGCAGCUGACCGGAAGGCCUUGCCCAAGACCAGUCUGUAUGAUGAGAGUCGGGGUCAGGAUAUCUCCGAGAGGUCUCAUAUGCAAGAGUCAGAGCUUGGGUCGUCUCAGAAUGAAUGCAUGAUCUCUGGGAAUGACUCGGAAGAGCCACUGGCAGCCAUGUUUAGCAGGAAAACUGCAGCUUCUCAGUUUGAUGGGAAAGCACUGGGUCUGGACAAAGCCAUUCUUCACAGUAUAGACUGCUGUGCCUCCGACGACACCAAGAAGAAGAUGUACAGCUCCGUCCUGGUGGUGGGAGGGGGGUUAAUGUUCCGUAGAGCCCAGCAGUUUCUGCAGCAUCGCAUUCUCAACAAAAUGCCCCCCUCGUUUCGGAGAGUAGUUGAAAAUGUAGAGGUGAUCACUAGGCCUAAGGACAUGGACCCUCGCCUGAUCGCAUGGAGAGGGGGGGCGCUGUUAGCCUGUCUCGACACCACCCAGGAGCUGUGGAUCUACCAACGGGAAUGGCAGAGGUUUGGCACCCGCAUGUUACGGGAACGCGCUGCGUUUGUCUGGUGACGCCAUUCACUCCCUAUUGGCCGUGUUUGUUUUUUAGGUUAUUUAUCAUCUGCUCCGUUUCUAUUGUACAAAUAAAUAGGAUUUUCUAUCGUC